UAAUUGUUCACCCAAAGGAUCCGCCUCCCUGAAUUCCUCGCCGCCGUCUACAUCCCCCAAGAGUCCAAAAACCAUGGCCUCCGCCGCUGCCGACGCCGUCUCGGCAGUUCCGCCGUCUGUGGUCUCGGCUGCUGAGGAGACGCUCGCGGCUGCCGAAUCCGUAGGGGACCAUCUUUCCCAUCUACUCGCGGCGGCGGCGGCGGACCCCGACGCCGUGGCCGAGCUCCCGCCACUGCUCCGGGCGCGCGCUUUCCUUGCCGUGGCGCAGGCCGCCACCUCUCUCCUCGCAGUUCGUCUAAGGUGUUCGGGAAUUGACCCUGACGAGCACCCCAUCAGAAAGGAAUCUGAAAGAUUAAGCCUAUGGCAGGAGAAGUUAAAUCAAUUUGAGGCCUGGGACAAGGCACCACUUCGCCCUACUACUACAAUAAAUACACAAGCAGCAGCAAGGUGUACUUAUUAA